CCCGCGUGACUACAGGAAGUGACGUUGGGGCCGGCGGUUGUAGAGACGGUUGGAAUUUAAAUUUUGAAUCUGAGGCGAUGCCCGCGGUCUCCGCUGGCGGCUCGGGGCCGGUUAGUGGCCCUGCUUCGGCGAUGGCCCUGGCGGCCGGUUUAUUCGGGGCUCUGGCUUCCACCGCAGCCAAGUUCUCGCUCGGAGCCGACAGUGUCCUGGAGCUAGUAAACCGGGGGAUGGGCGAGUGGUUGCACAUAUUGCUUCGAGUUGGCUGUGGUGGGAUGGCAUUCCUGUUUAAUGCUCUGAUGUGGAUAUUUUUUGCCAAAGCACUACGAUAUUCGUCUUCAGCACAGGCAUCUGUGACCACCAUUGCUUCAAACUUUCUCUCCACAGCUUUUCUUGGAAAAUUGUUCUUUGGAGAAGUUCAUGCAAUGUUAUGGUGGAUUGGGGUCACAAUAACUUUAUGUGGAUUGCUGCUGCUUCACACAGUUAAGGAAACGAAGGACCAAAAUGAUGCAUACAAGAAAGAGGAAUAAACUGUAUUUGGGAAAUGACUCACAUCAAUGAAAUAACUGGAAAAUAAAUGAACUGAAACUGUUGAGAGCAUGGCAGAAGUUACCAUUAGCUUUCUGUGUAAUCUAUGGUUACCUGACAACCUUCAAGAUAUGUUUCCCUCCAUUUGGUAAUCAAGAGGAAUGUAAGGGUCAAAUAAGACAGACAACCUUGUCCUUUUUUCAAUUACUAAAAGAGGUGCUGCUGAAUGUCUCCAGAAAGAAUGAAUUUUUCACAUCAGCCCUACCCUUUCUCUACUUAACCCAUUUUAAUUUCUCAAGUUAUGAAGCAAACUGGGCUAUCUAUCCAUCUCCACACAACACUCAGCCCUGGAUGCUAAUGCCAGCAGGUGAGUUUUCUUUUGGAUACAACAGUUUAGGAACCAUUGUGUCCCAGAGUUAGCACUUGUUUGUCUGCUGAAUGUGCAUAAUAUCAGACCAAUUCCUAACUUUGAGUUUGUUUUUAAGCAGCUAAAAUGUAGGCAUUCCAAUACUUGAAACCACUUCUUCUAAAGGAUUAAACAAAUCUACUGCAAAUGUUUGCUGUUCAGGGUUUCACAAAAAAUUGUUGGUACUGAAGGUAUUUUGAAAAAUAAGAUAAUGACAAAAUUAGAAUAAGGACUUUACAAGUAGAUACCUAGACUUUCCAAAGGGUCUUCAUGUUCCUACCGUAACAAAGGCUGGUGAUUGGUCGAAACCCUAUAGGCUAUCCUUGAUGCACAUUUAUACAGUUUCACCACAACAUCUGUUAGUCAUACAGCAGGAGAUUGAGGACUCUCAAUGCUUGGAAUAAUAAUGUAAGUGUAAAUCACUACCAAAUUUGAGGCUUCCAGUUCCACUGUCAGAAUUGUACUUCUAUAAUUUCAGGUGAGUUACCUUUUUCUAGAUGAACAAAUUGUAUUUUUUCUGUGAAAGAUGAAAAUCAGAAGUCUAAUGCAUAAAUAAAAUGAGGGCAAGUGUCAA